AUGGAGGGAAACAACAGUCAAAAUACGUCAGGGCGAAUCCAGCUAAAUGAAGUCUUCAAAAUGCCAGGCACAGAAGUCAGUUUGCUUAUUAUAAUGUUUGUGGCAACGAUAUCCGGAACCUUUGGCAACAUUUUAGUCAUCAACGCCGUUUUCCGUACGAAGGAGCUGAGGACGGUGGCGAAUUACUUUAUAGUGAAUUUGGCCCUGGCGGAUAUCUGUGUUAGCGGGAUUGUUAACCCUUUCAGCAUUAUAGGUGUACUGGACGGAGAGCAAUACUUCCUGGAUCGACCCGGUUUGUGUGAGUUCGUUGCCAGUUUCUGCCUGACAGCCUGUUAUUGUUCCCUUCUCAGCAUCGGCUGUAUCAGUAUCAACCGCUACAUCCAUAUCUGUCACAAGGAUCUUUAUCCGAAGCUGUACACACCAUGUAAAGGCGCGCUGAUGCUCAUCGCUCUAUGGAUCGUCAGUUUUCUCUUGGAGAUGCCCAAUUUUUUCGGAUUCGGCGGGCAUGGUUAUGACCGAAAGACUCUCACAUGCCUCUGGGAUAGAACUGCUCACUACGGCUACAACCUCUUCUUUGUGUUUUUCGGCGUGUGUACACCGUUAGUUAUAAUCGCCGCCUGUUACACCAAGAUUUUCAUCUUCGCCCACCAAGCCAAACGAAAGAUUGCCAUGACAGCUAACCGGCCAGCCACGAAGGCGGGAAAAGAGAGGGCCGAGUCAAUGAAGCUCGCCAAAACGCUGUUCGCGAUAUUUGUCUGUUUUUGCCUGUGCUGGACGCCUUACGCCAUCAUCGUCGUCUCUGACGUAAAUGACACCUUCCCAAUGGAGCCCCAUUCGUUUUCAAUCCUCAUUGCGCAUGUCAACUCCAGCCUCAACUGUAUCCUGUAUGGCGUUUUCAACCGAGGUUUCAGGCGAGCCUACAGCAGGAUUCUAUGUAUUGAUAGAUGCAUGAAACAAAAAGAAAAGUUCCCGCAAUCUAAUUUUACCCGAAAUAUAACAGAGACUAGCGCUGUACCAUAUGUUGUGUCAACGAUCAACCUGGUCAGUUCGACAACUAAUCUAAAGCCUCCUACCCCGUAA